GAUGUUACUAUCGCGUUUAUUAUUAUUAUUGCUGGACAAUCCUUGAUAGUAGCUACAGUACUAUAUAUGGCAACCUUACGCCAUGUUCACAUGUACAGUACAAGAUUGUUUGUUGCCUGUGGUCAGUUCAGAGAUGGCGGCCGAAGCAACCGAGGCCCUGGCGAGACUUCCGACGCUGGAGCGACUGGCGGAGCUCAGGUCGAUCGAGGACGUUCAGGUGCGACGGCAGAAGACCAAGGACGUCCACGCACUUCUGCUUCGGGAAUGGAAGCAAGAUCGACGCUGGGGUGGGAUGGGCCGACACCUGGUCGAAGACAUCCACGUGUCGUUUCGACGAGGCUUUGAGAUGCUGGUCAAGAAGGGGGAGAUGCGCCGAGAAGUGAACGUGUCGUCGUUCCGCCAACUUGAUAACAGCCUGCACCAUCACCACAGCAUCGAAGAUCACUCGUGGUUUCCGCGUCUCAAGCAAUUGCACCCUGAGAGCCGCUCCGAAGUGGACAUACUCGAACGAGACCAUCGCAAACUCAUCGAAUUGGAAUCUCGCGUGGCGUCCGGCGACUACGAUGCCCUUGUCGAGUUCGUCGAACACCUCAUGGACCAUCUGAACCGCGAAGAAAUGCUGUCUGUGCCGUGGCUGCUGGAGGGCACUGGCGGGUUGUAAGCCAAGUUAGGCUAGCUACAGUAGCUCCAUCAAUGUCCAUGUUCUAGGCAACAUGCAACAAAACUUGCUGUUGUUUCGGAUGAUGAUCUGGCCAAUGAACGGGCGAACCUUCAGCAUUUAGUAAUAUACCUCCAAUAAUGUAUAUGCUCAAUCAAAAUGGAAA